AUGCGUCUCGUCGAAGCAACCAUCUCUCUGGGUCUACUGCUUGCUACGCACGUUCAGCCCUGCCAUGGCACCGCCUCUGAUCUCGACAUCCUCGCCGGCCAGCAUGUCAUCUACUCCUAUCCCAACUCCAGCGCGCCGCCCGCGCAGCUUGUACAGCUCACCCAGGCCGGUCUCGUCGGCGGCGUCAUCCUUUUUGGCGUAAACGUCGACGCCGGCACGGCCGCCGCCAUGGACACCUUGCGGCGCGCCUACGCCGCCUCUCCCGCGCCCGCGCUUCUCAAAAAGACGACGGGCCAGGAUGCCAAAUUCCUCAUUACGACCGAUCAAGAGGGCGGCCAGGUGCGCCGCAUGAGGGACGAAGAACCGAAGCUCUCCGCAAAGCAGAUUGGUGCGUCGGCGGACCCAGCGGCGGGGGGCGAGGCGGCGGGGUCGGGAGCGGCGGCGACGCUGAAGAAGUACAACAACAAUGUGAAUCUGGCACCCGUGUUGGGCGUGUAUCGUCAAGAGGGAGACUUUUUGGACUAUUACGGGCGUUCUUUCGGAAAUACCUCGCAAGCAGUCAUCAACGCCGCCGUGCCGUUCAUCAACGCUCAGCAGGCCGCUGGCGUCGCCGCCACGGCGAAACAUUUUCCGGGCCUCGGCGCCGCUUCGCACGACGCCAACACUGACGAGCGCCCCGUCACGCUGGAAUUGUCCCUGGAUGAGAUUCGACGGGUAGACGAGGCGCCGUACGUGCAGGCCAUUGCCGCGGGCGUCGAGCUCAUCAUGCCGUCGUGGGCCGUGUACCCCGCGCUGGACGCGCGCCCGGCCGGCCUUAGCAACAAGUGGGUGCAGGAUGAGCUCCGGGGCCGGUUGGGAUUCGCCGGCGUCACGAUUUCCGACGCGAUGGAGGCGGGCUGGCUAAAGGGGUUCGGGAGCACAGAGGAGACGGCCAAGUUGGCGGCCGAGGCUGGUAUUGAUUUGCUGCUGGCGAGCGGGAGGAAUGUGACUCAAGGUGAUGCUAUUCGAACAGCGCUUGUAAGUGGUGUGCAGUCGGGACGGCUGAGCAGAAGCCAAUUUGACGAGGCGACUAAGCGAAUCGCGGCGUUGCGUAGUAAGCUGUGGGCGUAA